AUGCCUGCCUCCCUCCUCGCAUCCUACCCUCGCCCAGCUUCGGCUGCUGGCCAGCUCACCUCGACUGACCUGGGCAGCUGGAACACCUCGACCCGUGUCCUGGCGAGCCUGCUCAGCGAUGGCCUUGUCGCGGCAACGCCCGCUCCCGCCUCCAUCAACGGCGAAGCGUACCUCUUGAUCCACGGCAAGCAAGCGACGCCAUCCACUCCAGCUGUGUGGAUCGGCCUGAGUCGCGCAGGCCAGCAGCGUCUGGCAGACGGUGGUGCAGCCCUGCCCGCCGUGUUUCCAGGCGACUUUGCGCCCCCCGUCGCCACCACCACGUACGGCGACAAGGGCGAGAAUGGCGUGACGACGUAUUCGCCCGCUGCGCUGCUGUCGCACCUGCGCCCCAUCAUCGACAAUCCCACGCCCAUCGACGACGGCUGCUUCAAGACCAUCUGCUCGGAACUUGGCAAUUCGGCAGCCAACGGAGCCAACUGGAUCGACUGGUACCGGACGCAAAAGGUGCUCGGACUGAGGAGCAGCAUGCUUGAAUGGGAGCAGGCUCUGUACACCGGGCACCCGACACACCCCAUGCACCGCUCGUUCUCAGCGCGCGACCCCGUGCCCAACAUCGCACCCGAGCGCAUCUCGUCGCUCAUGAGGCACUCCAUCAGCAUCAUCUCCAUCCCCGGCUUCGAAGUCCGAGUGACUGGUCCUUGCCAGCAGGCGAUGCGGCCGCUCCUCUCCCACUUUGGCCUGGAUGUCAAGCAGCCUGGUGUCGUCAUCUUUCCCUGCGUCACCAUGCAGAUUCCUGUCAUCAAGCAUUACCACCCCAACAUGCAGGUCCUCUACAAGGAUGCGCUGGUGGCCGACACGCAGUCGUCUCUGCGAACGAUCACAAUUCCCUUUUCUGACUACGACUACAAGUUUGCCUUGGACGUCACCGUCGGAUCCGCUCUGCGAACGAUCUCCUCGCGUACGGUGACGAUCCUUGCCGAGCUGUCGAGUGUCCUGCGCGAGAUUUUGCCCGACAGCACCUGGCUGCUCUCGGACGUGGGCGGCAUUACCGGAAGGUCCGACGAGUUUGACCACUCCAAGCAUAUUUCUUGCGUCAUUCGCGAGAACCUGCACCGUCGAGCACUGCAGAACAACGAGACGCUCGUCGUCACCGGUGCCCUCCAGGAGGUUCCGCCCCACAGCGACGAGUGCAACGCGGCCCUCGUCUUUGGACUGGACAGCGAAGCAAAGAAGAUGAGCUGGUUCAACGAGUACAGCGAAGGCAUCAUCGAGGCCUUCCUUGGCCCCGUUGCCGACUACGGUGUGGCCUUUGAGGCCCACGCGCAGAACGUCCUCAUUCGCAUGGACCGAAGCAGCGGCAGCAUCAAGGGCUGGGCCAGCCGCGACCUGGGCAGCAUCAAGAUUCACACGCCCACGCUCGCCAAGAGCGGCUACGUGCUGACAAGCAUCCCGCCGGGCAGCCUGAUCCCGACGGAAAAUGAAGAGGAGGCAUGGCGAAUCAUCCAGUUCUGCCUCUUCCACAACCACCUCAACGUCUUCAUCUACCGCCUUGGCGUCGACCGCUUCGCCGCCUGGGAGAUGAUCCGGGGCAAGCUCGACGCCUUUUUCGCGCGGAGAAGCCACCAGGAGAACAGCGAGCGUCUCCGAGCCUUCCUCUUUGCAGAGACGAUCCCGCAGAAGGCCUUUAUGCGGAUGAAGUUUGCCCAAAAGGCGGCGCAGUACGAGUACACGACGGUCCCCAAUGUUCUUCUCGAGCGCAGUCCCGCAGGUGUUGCUCUUCAGCGCAAGAAGAAUGCGCUGAGCAACGGAAUCCACCUCGAUGGCCACGUUGCUGUCAACGGACACUAGGCCAGCAUACACGUCGGCCGAGCACCGAACCUGAUAGAUUCAUUCCUCCUUGCCCUAUAGAUUCCAUUUUCCUAAAUAGAUGCGUUGACUUGUGCACGGACCACGAGGACAUGUGCUCUGUUCGCAGGGCUUUGAUUUCGAACCUGUCCGCCAUUGCUCCAUGCAUUUGCUUCUGGCGAUGAGAUCUCUUCUCGCACGGUUUGGAGCCAGUGGCUUC